GUAGUCACGUUCAUGUUUUGGUGCAUUAGCCUUGGCUGUUUGGUUAGCCCGUUAGCUGAGCUUCUGUUGUAGAUACUUUAGCGAUGAAUAAAGGGAAAGCAAGCGGCGUGUCGUGGGUCAAACCGGCCGAACCGUCCUUUUUGAAGAAGUUUAAAACCGACGUGGGAUACAAAGAAGGACCAAAUGUGGACACCAAGCGUCAGGCGAUGCCCACGCCGGACGACGACAGCGGAAGCGACCGAGAAGACGAACUGCCUCAAGUCGUGGUCCUAAAAAGCGGAGACCUGAGUGCAGACGAAGUGAAGAAGCUCAAGGGUGAACUGCGAGCCGAAGGCGAGAGCGAGAAAGGUGAAGAAGCUCCGGACGGCAAAAUUCUCUUCAAGAAACCAGCCAAGCGCUUGUCCUCUGACAAGUUCCAGGGCAUCACUGCCAGUUCCAGCAAGAAGAAGAAGGAGGACAGAGCAGAGCAGGAGGAGGACAAGGACAGAAAAUCUGGGAAGAAAGUUAAAAAUAACAGUCUGCUGUCAUUCGGAGACGAUGAAGAGGAAGAGAACGAUUAAACGGAAGACACGAGUGAAGGAUAGAAACCAGGAGCGAUGUCAAAGAGUUAAAUGUUGUCAUGUUUGGUCUGAAAGGACGCCUCCAUUCUCCUGUGUUUGCUACUCAGAAAUCUGAGAACAGUUUUCACCUCCAGCUGAACUGGUCCCGUCUGGACCAGCAAUCAUUUCUGACAAAAUCCACAACCGCUUUCAUCUGUAUCCGGUACCGCUCUGACGUCUCCAGCAACUCCUCUACUUUUUCUGUUGCUUUUAGAAAGCUAGACUUUUUUGGACUCCUGAGUUUUUUUCAGCAUUUCUAAAAUUCUCCAUUGUUCAUUUUGUGUAAUGACUUUUUUUUUUUUUUUACUUUAGACGAAUGGACAAAUUAUCCUUGGCAGCUGUCCUCAGAUUGUUAAAGACCUGACCGAACCGUAGAGAUGGGUCAGCCAGCUGGUCCAUCAACUGCCAUGACUAACUUUACUAGAAAUACCAGCAUCACUGCUCCGGGAUCUAACAGAGUUUAAACCUCCUUUCAUCAGCACCACUGAAAAAAGGAAAACUGGCACAUAGUAUGUGAUAUAAAGGCAUAUUUAGAAACCCAGCACAGUGCUGCCUGUAGCUCACCAGGUAAGGAGUCCCAUCUGUCUGCACAGACAUCCUGUGUCACAGCAGCAGAACGCCACGGAGGACCAAACUUGACCAUUACAAAGAAAAUCUGAAAUAUAUAAAUGGUCCAAUAAAUAAAUCAAUACACUUAAAAUGCACCAAUUAAUUUUCUAAAGAAGAAUUUUACCUCAUUAAUUCACUAAUCAAUAAAUGCUGCUUCAUACCGUCUGA